UCCUCUUUGGGAAGAAGAAAAAAAAAUAUCUAUAGAGUUUAGACUUUAUCACUUUAGAGAAAGUUUUUAAGUUCUGAUUUCAGAUAAUCUUACAAACUUAUUUAUAUUUUAUUGUUAUAGUUUUAGUCUAAAUACAUCGUUCAAAGUAUUAUUAACGAAACAGAGAAUCAGUGCAAUUGAAACUUGACGUAAGUGAGGAAGACUCUACGUGACAGUGGAAAAUAUUUGCGAUAUUCUUUUCAAAAGGGAUUCAACACUAUCUCCUAAAUAGCUAUUUGAUUGAAAGUCUUUAUGAAGCUAUCGUUAUUAGUCCGCAGGCAGCUUAGCAAGUACAAUUUCAAGAGGCGGAAAACGAGUGUCAGGUGCGGGGGCGGGGGCGGGGGCGGGCGCGGGCGCGGGCGCGGGUGAUGCGGGCAUGCGGUCCCGGCGCGUGACGCGCAGGUGGGAGGUGUUCGCGGGCCGCAACCGCUUCUGGUGCGGCGGCCGGCUCAUGACGGCGCCGCAGCCCGCCGUGUUCCUGCUCACCCUGGCGCUCAUCUGCGGCACGUGCGCGCUGCACUUCGCCUUCGACUGCCCCUUCCUGGCGGCGCGCGUGUCGGGCGCCGUGCCGGCCGCGGGCGCCGCCCUGGCCGCCACCACGCUCGCGGCGCUGCUGCGGACGGCGCUGUCCGACCCCGGCAUCAUCCCGCGCGCGCCGCCGCACGAGGCCCUGGCCACGGCCGACCACACCGCCGCCGACGGCCCUCCCGCCGCUCGACCGCCGCCCCGCGCGCGCGAGGUGCUGGUGCGCGGGCGGCCCGUCAAGCUCAAGUACUGCUUCACGUGCAAGAUGUUCCGGCCGCCGCGCGCGUCGCACUGCUCGCUGUGCGACAACUGCGUGGACCGCUUCGACCACCACUGCCCGUGGGUGGGCAACUGCGUGGGCAAGCGCAACUACCGCCACUUCUACCUGUUCGUGGUGUCGCUGUCGUUCCUGUGCGUGUGGGUGUUCGCGUGCGCCGUCACGCACCUGGCGCUGGCGUCGCGCGGCGCGGGGCUGGCGGCGGCGCUGCGGGCGUCGCCGGCCUCGGCGCUGGUGGCGGCCGUGUGCUUCCUGGCGGUGUGGUCGGUGCUGGGGCUGGCCGGCUUCCACACCUACCUGGCCGCCACGGACCAGACCACCAACGAGGACAUCAAAGGAUCGUUCUCGUCUCGUCGCGGGGUCUCCAACCCGAACCCGUACUCGCGCGGUAACCCCUGCACCAACUGCUGGCACGUGCUCUGUGGCCCACUGGCUCCCAGCCUCAUCGACCGUCGCGGCGUGGUGAGCGACACCCGCGAGGACUUGCCGCCGAGUUUCGUACGCGCCCUCGACUCCGCCCCCGCACUACCCCCGCUCCGUACCCCGCUCGACGUUCCUGUGGUGGUCACAGACGUCGGGAGCGGCCUCAACGGGAGCUACAGCAACCUGUUUGAAGGUGGGGCGGUGCGCCACGCCUACCUGAACCGCUCGCUACACCUGGACCCCGUGCCGCUGCAGGAGAUAUGCAUCGGAGGCGGUGCGGCGGGGGCUGCGGCGGGGGUUGCGGCAGGGGUUGCCGCGGGGGCGGCGGGGGUCGCGGGGCUGAGUGCGUCGCGCCUGCGGCUGCUCCACGACACGACCAUGAUCGACGCCGCGCUCGACCUGGACGAGCCCGAGCUGCCGCACGCGGGGCCGCACGCCGCACCGCACCGCACCGCACUCGCCGUGUGACGCACACUGUAUAUACAACUUUACGAUUCCAAUAAACGAUACGAUAUAUUAUUGUA